AUCAGACAUUCGUCAAAAUAUUUUCAAUUCUCGUACUUUUUGUGACAAAUUAUGCACUUUUGUGACAAAAUGUGCAUGCGAAGGCUUCUUGAAGGAUACAAUUGAUAAUUGAUAAAUUUGAUCUACAAUUGCAAAUAUGAUGAAUUCCGAGAUGAGUAGUAGUAUGCACUCGGGUAGGCCCGAAAGUGAAUUCAGCAUUGAAUGUUUCCAGAACUAUACUGCACCAGAGGUGUUUGUCCAAGGACUAGCUGGUUUAGUCAAUCAAGCUGAUGUUGAAGUCAUUAUUAGGGCACAGAAACAGAUGCUGCAAAGAUUUGAAAAGACAAACGAAAUGCUUCUGAACUGCAAUGCUCUCAGCCAAAGCAGGCUAAAGAUUGCUAAUGAGGAUUUUAAGAAACACACCAAAUUACUGCACGAUAUGAAAAAAGAUUUGGAUUAUAUUUUCAAAAAGAUUCGCAGUAUAAAGUCUAAGCUUGGUACACAAUAUCCCCUAGCAUUUGCCGAAGCGGAAGCAAAAAAUAAACCUGUAAGUUUUGAUGAGGAGGACGAAAUAGACACAGCGAGUCGUGCCGAAACUCUGGAUGAACGAAAUAGCAAUAGUCAGUCCAAAACUUCAACGCCGGUAAAAUUGAAUGCAGACGACGACAAAAGGCAUCUGCAGAAACAAGCUUCACAGAAAAAGAAAAACAGCACAAGUCAAGCUGGCGAAGUGACGACUACCGUAAGUUACAUGAAAAUGGAGCAGAGUCCAGAAAAUCGGAAGUCGGGCAAAACGACACCAAUUGAUCCUAAAAGAAGUUCGUUACUAUCCACAAAUAGCAGUUCUACGGAUAAUUCAAAUGAUUCAUCGGAGUGUACUUCAGAUACUGGAUAGAUUAGAUCAUAAGCAGAACUUGCGCAAAGGGAAAAUAUUGUAUUACUUUACGUAAAUUAUGUAUGUAGUAUUCGCAUAACGAAUUACUUUCAAAUUACCGUCGAGUAAUUUGUAUAUACAUAGAUUAUAGAAUCCUAUAAAUAAAAUAACACAAUCACAA